GGGUCUUAGUGGGAGAAGUAUAAGUCACCUCGGGCAGGGCUCCUUUUGGUAGAAGGGUGGCUUGGUUUCCUUUUUCUGAGGCCUGGAGAUCCGCUGUUAUCUUUAAAAAUGGAUCUUGACAUCCAGUGUACCGAGCUCAACACCGCCAAAUGGAAAGAACUUGUUUCAUCCCUGCAUCAGUACAAAACUAUCAGGCUUGAUGACUGCAGUUUAUCUACCAAACAUUUCAAAGAUAUUUCCACUGUUCUGACUAAAAAUCAAGUCCUGACCGAACUUAAACUGAACAACAAUGAAGUGGGAGACUCUGGUAUGGAGGUGCUGUGCAAAGGAUUGUUGCAUCCAAGUUGUAAGCUUCAGAAACUAUGGCUGCAGAAUUGCAACUUGACCGAAGCCUGCUGUGAGCACCUCCGCUCUGUGCUUAGUAGCAAUGCAUCCUUGACUGAGCUGCACUUGGGUGACAACACUUUGGGUGAAUCAGGAGUGAAAGUCUUGUGCCAGGGACUUCUGGAUCCAAACUGCAAACUGGAGAGUCUUCAGCUAGACUACUGUGAACUCUCGGCAGCAAAUGUGGAGGCCCUCAGCUCUGCCUUACGCACCAAGCCAUCCCUGAAGGAGCUCAGCCUGUGCAACAACAGCUUUGGAGAUGCUGCAGUGAAGCUGCUUUGCCAAGGCGUACAGGAUUCCAAGUGUAAUCUGGAGACAUUACGGUUGGAGAACUGCGAUUUUACUGCCGAGAGCUGUGGGGAUCUCAGUACUAUUCUCAGCACAAAGCCAUCUUUGAAAGAGCUCUGCAUAGGCGAGAACAAGAUUGGUGACCGCGGUGUGGCACUCCUGUGCCAGGGCGCACUGAACCCAACCUGCAAUGUUCAGAAGCUGUGGUUGUGGGAAUGUGGUAUCACCGCUCAUGGCUGCAAAGACCUCUCCAACCUUUUUGGCAAUAAAGAGACUCUCAAGGAGUUAAGCUUGAUUGGAAAUGACGUGAAGGAUCAAGGAAUGGACUUUUUGUCUCAAGGACUGAAGAAUCCAAAGUGUAAACUCCAGGCAAUUUGGUUGAGAGAAUGUGGUCUGACCGGAACCUGUUGCAAGAGCCUCAGCCAGGCUCUCAGCACAAACGGUGCUUUGAAGGAGCUACACAUCGGAGGCAAUAAGCUGGAUGAUGCUGGAGUGAUUCAGAUCUGCGAGGGAGUCCUGAGCCCCACCUGCAACCUCCAGUCCCUCUCGGUGGGGCAGUCACAGCUUACGGCAGCUUGCUGUGACAAGCUUGCUGAGGUGAUAGCUGGAAAGCCAUGUCUACAGGAACUGGACGUGAGUUACAGCCACAUCGGAGAUGAAGGCGCAAUGAAGCUCUGUGAAGCAGUGAAGAAUCCCAACUGCCACCUGAAGUAUCUAAUCCUGUAUGACACCUUCUGGACUACUCCAGUGGACAAAGAACUAAAGGCGUUGGAAGAGCUAAAGCCUGGAUUUAAAUUGGUUACAUGAGUAGCACAAGUUCUCUGUGACCACUUCUAUUGCCUUUUACUUCUGUGGGGACUUCCUUUUUUAAACCAAAUGUGCAGCCCAUACAAUGAUGGAUUUCUUAUUAUGCCAAAUUCAUGGACUUGGCAAAUGUAGUCUGCCUAGGAAACACAUUCAAAAUUAGGGAGGUAUCUGUUCUUCAGUUAUGAGGUAGCUCAAUAUAAAAGAGUACUGGAAUAUCUCCUGGGUCCAGAAGAAUUAAUUAAAAUUAAUAGUAAAUCAUGUUGGUAGGCUGCCUUGCCUUUUGGGAAAUAACAAGAGUGGCACCAACUGUAAUAUAUAAAGGAGUGGUUUACAUGCAGAUAACAUGAAAAUCUUCCUGAAGGAAGAACUAUAUUGGUAAUGUAUAUUGGGGGGUGAUACAUCCUUUGAUUUAUAUAGAAAUGAUGCAAAUUGUGUCCUCAAAAUAUCAAUUAUUUUAAGUUCUCUGCAAGUCAACUUUCUGUAUCUUGACCAGCAAAAUCUAGCUUUGUAGAAACCUGAAUAAAGUUUGCUUGCAAAGAGA